UUCUUUCUGCUAUUUGAUUGAGAGUAGCGAGUGCAAGCGUCAGGGGCGCCUGACAUGUGAUCUGUUAAUGUGAAGAAAGUUUGGAGGCUUGCCUCAUAAUCUUCCAAGGGAGAUUAGAGAACUGAGAUCCCAUACAUUAUUCAAACGCAAACUAAAAAAUGGCUGUCACUUGGUAAUUUUUAGUGUCCAAGAAUAUUUGAGUAAAACAAAUACUUUCACAUAAUUUGCAUGCCUAUAUGAGAUCAAAAAGCUAUGGCAAUUUAAAUAUUGUCUUUGGUAAUGAGAGCUGUGAUUUGGAUUCUGCUAUCAGUGCAAUUGUCUAUGCCUGUUUUUUGCACUGGCAACAUGAGCAGAUAAAGUGUAAGGUCUGCACAAAAGAUAACAGAGAAGAACAUACUACAGAUGAUAUAUUUGUACCCAUAUUGAAUGUGGACAGAGAAGAUUUUGCUUUGAAAACUGAAGUAUCAUACCUGUUGAAAGAGCAUGGUAUAAAUAAAAGCCACUUGGUCUUUAGAAACGACUUUGAUCUGAAGGAACUAUCAGCAAAUACGAAUACAAAGAUUACUCUGGUUGAUCACCAUGUAUUGGCUACAAAGGAUCAAUUCUUAGAUACAUAUGUGACAGAGAUAAUAGACCACAGACCAAUAGACAAGUCUAAAUGGACAUUCAGAGACGAUACGAGAUCAACCAUAGAGGUUGUAGGAUGCUGUUGUACACUCAUAGCGCAGAGGAUAAAGGAUUUGUCAUCAUUAUUCGUUAAAGAUGUGGAUUUUUUUAAUGCAUACCCAGGUUGCAGUGAUAUGCUGCAUAGUACGAUUAUAUUAGACACAGUAAACUUAUCCAAGCCCUAUAAUAAAGCUACGCCGAAAGACGUAGAAAUUAUAUUAUUUCUGGAGAAUAUAAUCAAGCCUAGGGACUCUGAAAGUGACAGGAAAAGUAAAUUGGAGAGGCUAACAAAAGCUCGCAGUGACGUGUCAGGACUAACCGCCGCCGAGCUCUUGAGGAAGGACUUGAAAAUUGCAGGCGAUGUGCUGAUACCCACUUUUCCCAUAUUAGUACAGGAAUUCCUACAAAGACCAGAUGUCUUGGAUGCCUUAUCAGCAAUUUUGUCACAACGUGAUUGCAACCUGGCCGUGUUGAUUGGCAUAGACCUUAAGGGUGAGAUGAAGAGGGACAUGGCGGUGUAUUCAGCAGACAACACGAGGGCUACCAGAUUAUCAAAAUUCCUUCAGGAGUGGACGUCACCCGCUUUCAACCUGUCCACCCCUAUCUCGAACACAGACUGCAUAUAUUUCAUACAGAGCAAUUUAUCAGCAACUAGAAAACAAUAUAUACCAGCAAUUCAUGAAUUUUUGAAUGUUAAAAAUUAAAGUACAAUAUAAGAAGACAAGAAACUCAGCUCGUAUUAUUUUCCUAUAAAUGUUAUACAUGUUUACAAUACACAGAGACGUGGUCGCUAACUAUGGGCCUCAUGAAUAAGCUCAGAGUCACUCAGGGGGCAAUGGAGAGGGCUAUGCUCAGAGUUUCUUUGCGUCAUCGAAUCAGAAAUGAGGAGAUCCGCAGAAGAACCAGAGUGACCGACAUAGCCCGAAAAAUUGCGACUCUGAAGUGGC